AAGCAGAAUGCAAAUAUGGCAGCCGUGCCCUACAUCCCAGGUCCGGACUGCCUACGCCCUUUUACCCGUGAGUCCCUUAAAGCUAUAGAGAAACGGAUUGCAGAGCGGGAAGCUGAGAAAUUGAAGAACCAACAUGAGGAGGUUCUUGAUGAAGAAAAACAGCCAAAGCCCCGUUGUGACUUGGAACAAGGAAAAGGCCUCCCACUCAUUUACGGGGAACCUCCUCCAGAACUCAUUGGAGUUCCUUUGGAAGAUUUGGAUACAUUUUACAGUGAUCAGAAAACAUACAUCAUCCUCAAUAAAGGAAAUACCAUAUUCCGGUUCACUGCCGCUCCGGCUCUCUACAUGUUGGAUCCAUUCAACCCUAUCCGGAAUGGUGCUAUCAAAGUGCUUAUACAUUCAUUGUUCAGUAUGUUUAUCAUGAUAACCAUCUUAGCCAACUGUGUCUUCAUGACUAUGAGUAACCCUCCAAUAUGGGCCAAAGAUGUGGAAUACACCUUUACUGGCAUUUAUACUUUUGAGGCUAUGAUCAAGGUACUUGCUCGGGGAUUCUGUAUUGACAGCUUUACAUUCCUGCGAGAUCCUUGGAAUUGGCUGGAUUUCAGUGUCAUCGUCAUGGCUUAUGUCACAGAGUUCGUAGACUUGGGCAACGUCUCUGCUCUACGGACAUUCCGUGUUCUUCGAGCGCUAAAAACUAUCACUGUCAUUCCAGGUCUAAAAACAAUUGUGGGAGCUUUGAUCCAGUCUGUGAAGAAGCUCGCUGAUGUGAUGAUCCUCACUGUGUUCUGUUUGGCGGUCUUUGCCCUCAUUGGCCUGCAACUGUUCAUGGGGAACUUGCGACAAAAGUGUGUUCGAUGGCCACCUUUUUCCAAUGACACCCUGCAGGAUGCAUUAGGCCCAUCCUUCACCAAUGACUCCCUGCAGGAUGUCUUAUGGAGGGAUCCACUUGACAACAGCACUCUGAAUGACAAUUUUACUCUCACUGGGACCUUUGACUGGCAUGAGUACAUUAACAAUGAAGACAAUUUCUAUUUCCUCGAUGGUGCACUUGAUGCUUUGCUCUGUGGGAACAGCUCUGAUGCUGGACAGUGUCCAGAAGGAUUUCUCUGCAUGAAAGCUGGCCGAAACCCAAAUUACGGCUAUACAAGCUAUGACACCUUCAGCUGGGCUUUCCUUUCACUUUUUCGCCUCAUGACUCAGGACUAUUGGGAGAAUCUCUUCCAAUUGACUUUGCGAGCAGCUGGGAAAACAUACAUGAUCUUCUUUGUUGUGAUCAUAUUCUUGGGCUCUUUCUAUCUCAUCAAUUUAAUCCUGGCUGUGGUGGCAAUGGCCUAUGCAGAACAGAAUGAUGCCACCUUACAGGAAGAAAAAGAAAAAGAAGAAGAGUUCCAGCAGAUGGUAGAACAGCUGAAAAAGCAUCAGGAGGAGCAACAAAGAGUGCUUCAAGCACAGACAGCAACUAACAGCUCUGCAGAAAGCAUUAUAGUGGAAAAAAAGCAAAAAGGAGAAUUAGACGAAAAGGCUCAGAGUGAUCAAGAGGGACCAAAAGAUUGCAAUGGUCGUGCCAUCCCACGUUUGGUGUUGGAGAGAUCAGCUACAGUACGUGAGUCAAAUCCAAGGGAAGAACAUGAGAAAUCUGAUCAAAACCAUUUGUAUGUGGAUGGUGUUGAGGGGAAGGGUUUGGAGAAGCGAGUAGGGAGUGCAGUCAGUGUGGUCUCCAGUACUCUUGAAGAACUGGAAGAGGCCCACCAGAAGUGCCCACCAUGGUGGUAUAAGUUUGCCCACGCUGUAUUAAUAUGGAACUGUUGUCCACUUUGGGUGAAGCUAAAGCACAUUGUUAAGCUCAUUGUCCUGGACCCUUUUGUUGAUUUGGGGAUCACCAUCUGCAUUGUCCUUAAUACUGUCUUCAUGGCCAUGGAACACUACCCAAUGACUGAAGAGUUCAACAAUGUAUUGAAUGUGGGCAAUCUGGUAUUCACAGGGAUAUUCACAGCUGAGAUGGUGCUUAAAUUGAUUGCUCUAGAUCCUUAUGAAUAUUUCCAGAUAGGAUGGAACAUCUUUGACAGCAUUAUUGUUACUCUCAGCUUAGUUGAGCUUGGUCUUGCUAAUGUUCAAGGUCUGUCUGUACUACGAUCCUUCCGUCUGAUGAGAGUUUUCAAGCUUGCCAAAUCUUGGCCAACUCUCAAUAUGUUAAUUAAGAUCAUUGGGAACUCAGUAGGUGCCUUGGGAAACCUCACUCUAGUCCUGGCCAUCAUAGUUUUCAUCUUUGCUGUGGUGGGCAUGCAGCUAUUUGGGAAGAACUACAUAGAGUGUGUCUGUAAAAUUUCCAGUGACUGUGAGCUGCCACGCUGGCACAUGCAUGACUUCUUUCACUCCUUUCUUAUUGUCUUCCGCAUCCUCUGUGGAGAAUGGAUUGAGACCAUGUGGGAUUGCAUGGAAGUGGCUGGACAGCCCAUGUGCCUCAUUGUCUUUCUAAUGGUCAUGGUCAUCGGGAAUUUAGUGGUACUCAACCUGUUUUUAGCUUUGCUGCUUAGCUCCUUCAGUGCCGAUAGCCUGGCAGGAUCCGAUGAUGAUAGUGAGAUGAACAAUUUGCAAAUUGCAAUUGGCAGGAUCAACCGAGGAAUUGAUUUUGUAAAGAAACAUGUCCUGCUGCUGCUUCACAGAGAACUGAAAGAGAAAACAGAGCUAUCAUCUGAGGAACCAGAUGACAGUAAAAAAGAAAACUUUGUUCUCAACCACAUGGACAAUCUUAACCAUGUGGACACAGGCCAGGAUUUCAAGUCUGAAUACAUGGAUGGAAUAGUAAAAAACGAGCAACUCAUUGAUGAACUGGGACAAAUGAACUUCAUUAAUAAUCCCAACCUGACCAUAAAUGUACCUAUAGCAUCUGAAGAGUCUGAUCUUUAUGAUGAAACUGAUACAGGUGAAGAAACUGCUGAUGACAUCAAGAAACCACUAUCUGAUGGAACAGAUUCAUCCAUAUGCAGCACCGUGGAUUAUAAGCCUCCAGAUCCUUCGGAGGAGAAAGCAGAAGUUGAAGAAAAUAUGGAGAAUGACGAUCCAGAGGAAUGCUUCACUGAAGCCUGUGUUCAAAGGUGUCCUUUCCUGUAUGUUGAUAUCAAAACCGAAAAGGGAGCGAAGUGGUGGAAUCUUCGGAAAGCAUGUUUCAAAAUUGUAGAACACAAUUGGUUUGAGACCUUCAUUAUCUUCAUGAUUCUCCUUAGCAGUGGUGCUCUGGCUUUUGAAGAUAUCUACAUAGAACGCAGACAUACAAUUCGCACCAUCUUGGAGUAUGCUGAUAAGAUCUUCACAUAUGUUUUUAUUCUUGAGAUGCUCCUUAAAUGGGUAGCCUAUGGAUUCAAGGUCUACUUUACCAAUGCUUGGUGCUGGCUGGACUUCCUCAUUGUUGAUGUCUCCCUAAUUAGUUUAACAGCAAACUGGCUAGGCUAUUCAGAGCUGGGAGCUAUCAAAUCCCUGAGGACACUCCGAGCAUUGAGGCCGCUUCGGGCUUUAUCCAGAUUUGAAGGCAUGAGAGUGGUUGUAAAUGCUCUUUUGGGGGCCAUCCCCUCCAUCAUGAACGUCCUCUUGGUAUGCCUGAUCUUCUGGCUCAUCUUCAGCAUUAUGGGGGUGAACCUCUUUGCAGGGAAGUACUAUCGCUGUGUCAAUACCACCACAGGUGAUCUCUUUGAAAUCGAACAUGUAAACAACAAAAGUGACUGCAUCAACCUUAUCAAUAUUGAAAAUGCCACUGAUGUCCGUUGGGUCAAUGUCAAAGUCAAUUUUGACAAUGUGGGAUUAGGCUAUCUCUCCCUUUUGCAAGUGGCCACUUUCAAGGGCUGGAUGGACAUCAUGUAUGCAGCUGUUGACUCCCGUGAGCAGGAGGAACAGCCUCAAUAUGAAGUUAAUCUCUACAUGUAUAUCUAUUUUGUCAUCUUUAUUAUCUUUGGGUCAUUCUUCACUCUCAAUCUUUUUAUUGGUGUAAUCAUUGACAAUUUCAACCAGCAAAAAAAAAAGUUUGGAGGCAAAGAUAUCUUCAUGACAGAGGAACAAAAAAAAUACUACAAUGCCAUGAAGAAACUAGGUUCAAAAAAACCAGUGAAGCCCAUUCCAAGACCCCAGAACAAGUAUCAAGGGAUGAUCUUUGACUUUGUGACUCAGCAAGCUUUUGAUAUAGUCAUCAUGAUCCUCAUUUGUCUUAACAUGGUAACAAUGAUGGUGGAAACAGAUGACCAAAGCCAAACCAAGAUAAAUAUCCUUGCUCAGAUCAACUUGGUCUUCAUUAUCAUCUUCACAUCUGAAUGUUUUCUCAAGAUGAUUGCCCUGAGGCACUACUUUUUCACUAAUGGCUGGAACAUCUUUGAUUUUGUUGUGGUCAUUCUCUCCAUUGUAGGACUUGUUCUCUCGGAUAUUAUCGAAAAAUACUUUGUAUCGCCCACUCUCUUCAGAGUCAUCCGAUUGGCUAGAAUUGGGCGUGUUCUUCGGUUGAUCAGGGGAGCAAAAGGCAUCCGAACUCUGCUCUUUGCUUUGAUGAUGUCUCUGCCAGCAUUAUUCAACAUUGGCCUCCUACUAUUUCUGGUUAUGUUCAUUUAUUCCAUUUUUGGAAUGUCAAACUUUGCUUAUGUUAAGAAGGAAUCUGGCAUUGAUGACAUUUUCAACUUCGAGACGUUUGGUAACAGCAUCAUUUGUCUUUUUGAGAUCACCACUUCAGCUGGUUGGGAUGGCUUAUUGAACCCCAUCUUGAACAGUGUUCCCCCGGAUUGUGAUCCUCAUCUGGAGAACCCUGGCAGUCAUGUGAAAGGUGAUUGUGGCAAUCCUUCCAUGGGCAUCUGCUUUUUUUGCAGUUAUAUCAUUGUCUCUUUCUUGAUUGUGGUUAACAUGUACAUUGCCAUCAUUUUGGAGAAUUUUAAUGUAGCCACAGAGGAGAGCAGUGAGCCUCUCUGUGAAGAUGACUUUGAAAUGUUCUAUGAAACAUGGGAGAAGUUUGAUCCGGAUGCCACACAAUUUAUUGCUUACAGCACACUUUCUGAUUUUGUGGAUACCCUGCAAGAGCCGCUGAGAAUUGCUAAACCCAAUAAAAUUAAACUGAUUACUCUGGACUUGCCUAUGGUUCCUGGAGAUAAAAUACAUUGCUUGGACAUUCUCUUUGCCCUGACAAAAGAAGUUUUGGGAGACUCUGGAGAAAUGGAUGCCCUGAAGCAAUCAAUGGAGGAGAAAUUUAUGGCUGCAAAUCCUUCCAAAGUAUCUUAUGAGCCCAUUACCACAACACUAAAACGAAAACAGGAAGAAGUCUGUGCCAUCAAAAUCCAAAGAGCAUUCCGCCGAUAUCUGUUAAAACGGUCAGUGAAACAGGCCUCAUAUCUGUACAGGCAGAGUCAAGAUAUGGACAUACCGAAAGAAAAUGCCCCAGAGAAAGAAGGAAUGAUUGCAAACAAAAUGAACGCAAUGUAUAGCUCACAAGUAGAAGUGGAAAAGCCCCCAGAAACAGCUCCAUCUCCUGUACUUGAGCCACUAAGCAGCCCCGAGAUUAAAAAGGAUGCUGGUGAAAUGAAAGAGCAGGACAAUAAUGGCAAGGAGGGAGAUGACUCUGGAAAAACUAAAAAAAGUGAGAAUGCCAAACGUGGUGUAAAAGAGUCAUCUGUAUAAUGAACACACAUAUAGACAACAAAUGUUGGUGUAUGGUUCCAAAUGAUUUUUUUCACAAAAUCCUUUUGGCAUCUUCUAUUUUAGUAUACAAACAAGGUUCUUUUGCCAGAUUUCAGGUACUUCACGCCACACUUCAACAUUGAAAGCAGAAUCCAACUGAUUUCUGGCUUGUUUGCUUGUUUUUAAAAUUUACCACAAAUUGCAAAGUGUUUUCCCCCCUUCUUUCCUCAUAAUGUAAAUGUGCAGCAUCUCCUCUUCUGGUGAAAAGAUAUCCUAGUUUCAUGUUAGUUCAUAUGUUCCAUAGAAUGCCCCAGAAUCAGUUUUGAUUAUUGUAAGUACCGAAUUAUAUCGAAUGAGUUGAGAAUCAACUCUUUAUUAGUAGAAUGAUUAAGCAGUGGAAGAAAAGGGGAAAAGAAGAAAGUCUUUAAUUCAUUAUAAUCAGAUUGAAGCUUUGAAUGAAAACAGAUCAUUUCUGUAGAAUUUCACCAGGAUCUCUUAAAGCUUCAUGUGCUUAAAAAUGUGCCAAUAAUAACUGUUAUUUAGUUAUUGAUCUGAUCAAUUAUGCAAUUUUUCAGAAGACUGAAUAUUUUACUAAUUUAUUCUGCUAAUGCUGGAAAUAUCAUUGGGCAUGAAAGCCUUCAAUUGAAUCCCUGAACAAUGUAUGUAUGUAUGUAUGUAUGUAUGUAUGUAUGUAUGUAUGUAUGUAUGUAUAUAUGUAUGAAUGAACAGUUUAUGGCUUCUGACAAUUCAUUUAUUUGUAUUUCACUUCUUUUUCAGCCAUAAGAACUAGAAAUAUACUUUCUUUUUCAGUCAAAACUGAAAUUUCCAGUUGGCUGAAAUUAAUGCCCAUUGCUAAAUUCUGCCCACAUGCAGAAAUUGGAUAUGAUUAUGGAAAAUAAAAUAUGCAAAGCCGGAUCUUAGUGAUUAGUACGUCUUAAAUCCAGUUUGAAAUAGCUGGGAAAUAUUCAUCUUUAGCAAUUUCCUUCUUCUUUGUAUGUCUUUCUUGAAGAUGGUAGCAGUGAAAGUUAGGAUCUGUACUUGUGCUCAGAUAUUAACAACUAGGUGGGGGUCUCUGACUUCUUUAAAAAUAAUAAUAUUAAUAGACAUAGACUUUGGGUUUAGGAUUCUUUCCAGCAUGUGCAGUAUGGGUGCAAAAUGAAUGGCAUAUACUAAUAGUUGAAAUAACAGCACAGUUUAGGAACACAAAACUGCAAUGUCUUAAAUAUGAUUCAUUUUUUAUUUAAAUAAUUUGAGCAGUCUUAAAAAGAUUUUUGUUAAAAGUGGCUGGAAGUCCAAUUAAGUUUUAAUUAGAUACUACCAAUAUAGUUUGUUUGUUUUUUCAACAAAAAAAAAA